AUGGUCAAUUGUCAGAACAAUAGAGGAAAGCGGCGUCGUUCUGGUCUGUCAGAAAAUAAGACUCCAGAGAAGAAGGCGCGGUAUGACAUUCCUGUAGCGGAAUCGAGUAAAGCGUCUACAUGUGAAGAUGAGUGGAAGAAUGGACUGACGAAAAAACGUCGAAGAAGACGUACCAAAGGUCUGCGGGAGAUGAUCAAAAACAAGAUAGAGGUUGCACUGAGGACAUUCCCUUCGCCAUUGAACCACUUAUUCACUUCUCGAGAUGAUAUUGGCACCCCUCAGGCGGCAUUUGAGGAAGUCGUCAAAGCGAUCGGUUUAAACCAGGAAGAUUUUCUAAAAGCCAUUUCCUUAUCUCCUAGAACUGUUGAAAGCAUUUCCAACAUAACAGACAUGUUCUGCAUCGAAAGAAGUGGAGAAAACAAGCUUAUGGUGAAGUAUCGAGCAACGGAAUGGAGCGUUGAGGAUUGUACCGUCUACUUAGAUAAUCUUCCGGAGGGGUGUACAAGUGAGAAAAUCUGUCGAAUAGCGAGGAAGUAUGGAUCCGUGGUUCAGGUUCAUCUCCCUAAAUCGGCUACAAGGCCGAUCCCUUCCGUUUAUGGAACGAUUGAAAUGGGUCGACGUCCUAAGUCUUUCGCGUUCGUUCAGUUUACUGACCCUGAUGCAUGUCAAAAGAUGUGCGCUGCCUUCUCUGUGAACACUCCGGGUGAAGGCAUGAAGCAGAGAUCUCAACCACUAGUACCAUUGCUUCAGCGGCUGCUUAUGCAAAUAAGAACGUUAUCGCGACGACGACGUCGCCGAACUUGUGCUCAAAAUAUCUUGUUAAUCAGACUGAAGAGACAGCAAGCGGCUAUCAUAAAGAAGGAACGUUCCGCCACGAAAAGAAGUCAUAAAAUUUCACGAGCAGUUGAACAAGAUAAAGGAUACGGCAACGUUGAACAAGAAAAUGAUCAUAACACUUCCUGCUCCGAAGCUGGUGAAAAUAGGCAGAACAGUGUAGGCAGAAGGAAGAAAUCUAGUUCUCACCGCCGUAGCACUCAGAUGCAAUCAAAGAAGCCAAAAAGAAAACGUCAGAAACGACGCCCCCACGAAAUAGGACCGCACACUAUCGGUACAUCAGUUCACAAUUAUUUCGAAAGGCUGCAAGUGUUUACAUUAGCUAGGUAUCGAGAACUUAGAGAAGAGUAUGUUGCCUUGCGACGUGAAUCGAAUAGACAUUCAAAAGAGCUUGCUAAACAACAACAACAUUUUGUAGAGUUUUGCUCUAAAACGAGACGUCAGAAGUUGAAUGAAAACCUUGGUUCAUACCGAGAGAGGUUUUGGUACACAAAUAAGGUAGAAGAAGAAUAA